AUGUUGUCGGAAACAACACCUAGAAAAUUUCACGAUUACUACAAAAUUAAUAAAAAUCAAAGUUUGGGAUCAGGACAAUAUGGGGAGGUUUAUGCCUGUGAAAAAUUAAAUAAUAAUAAUGAUUAUUAGAAAUAUUGCGUAAAGAUUAUACCAAUUUCAUUUAAAGAAAGCAUUGACGAAAAACGCUCUGACGAAGAAAUGAUUAAUGAUGUUCUGAAAAGUUAUAAUUAAAGUAUUUCUUUUAAUGGCCCUAAAUGUAUGAAUAUUGUAUAGACAUUUGAUACUUUUAAGGAUUAAACAUCUUUAUAUAUUGUAAUGGAAUAAUGUGACGAAGAUUUAGAUUCUGAAUUUGAAAGAAGGAAAUCUAAUGAAUGGUAUUCUGAAUAGGAAGCAUUUGAAAUAAUCAGACAAAUUAUCAGUGGCAUGAAAUACCUUUAUAAUAAUAAAAUUAUUCAUAGAGAUAUAAAACCCGAAAAUAUAUUGAUUAAGAAUGAGAAUCCUAAUAAAAUAUAUAAAGUAAAGAAAAUACUUUUCUUAAGAUAGGAGACUUUGGAGUGGGCAAGUUAGUCGAGGAUAUCUUAAACAAGUCUGUAAUUACAAAAACAGGGUCAUUGAAUUAUGCUGCACCACAGAUGAUCUUUAACGAAGUUUGCACAUCAAAAUGUGAUAUCUUUUCCUACGGGGUUCUGUUUUACAAUAUUUGCUAUAAAGGGGAAUUUCCGUAUCCUUCUCAUACUAGGAAAGAUCUAUUGGCAAGCCUAAAACAGCUUAAAAGCAAACGAUUUAUAGCUCCAUCCCUUGAUUUCAAUAGAGCAGUAGUCAUAUAGGAACUACUUGAGUAGAUGAUUGUCUAUGAUGAGGCUCAAAGAUGUUCCUUCUAAUAUAUAUUCACUCAUAAAAUAACUAAAACAGGAAUGGAAGAAACUACUCAGAUUUGUCCAUCUAAAUAAUUAUUUUUACCUGUUAACAAACAAUAACUCUAGAAGAAGAAAGAAAAGGAAAAUCAAAUUUAAUUUUUGGAAAAAAUCAAAAGUUUACUGGAAGUGUUAUACGAUCAAUUCAAAGUCUGCAAUGAUUUUGUUAAGAAAAUUGAGAGAAAUUAAUAACAUACCUUUUUGUCAUAUAUUAUCCAAUUAGUAGCAAAAUAUUAAUUGGAAUAUGCGCUCGCCUUUGUCUUCAUACGACCUUUAGAGUUUCAUCCAGUAAUUAAUUAGAAUAAUGAUAUUCCGGAGUUGGUGCAAAAAUUACGAAAAAAUCAAUUGAUUCUUCAAAAUAAUAAGGAGGAUUUAAGUAAGGGAGUUUUAAGCCUUCAAAAAGAGAUUCAUGCUGCAUUUUUUAAGUUAAGAACUCAUUUAUUUAAUUAAAUAAACAAAAUGCUAUCAUCUACUUCAGAAUUAUCAUAGAAUGAAAGGGAUAUUAUUAAAAAUUCAGCCACUAGCAAAAUUGAGAUAUCCAUAUUACAAGAUCUAUUGAGAAAGAUCAAAAAUCAGCAAUCUGCAACAUUAGACAAUGGUCUAAAGGAAUAGUUAGAUUAAAUUAUUAAUUUAGAAACAGAGUUUCAAAAAAUAACUCAAAGGCAAUACUGA